AUGGUCACUUUGACCGAUCUGCUGUGGCUUCAGUGUUACGUACGGAGAGUGAUCGUGUACCGCAUGUCCUCGUUAGCCAGGCAAGCAGCACGAGAUUUGCGUAGAACACGUUCCGAAAGCCAGUUGGUGGCCAAGGCGUUGGACUCGAUAUCAAUCAGUUCGUCUGUAUCAGGUGGCAUGGAAGAUGAAGUAAUUUCGGUCUACACUCUUAGUUCUCUUGGAAGCGAGCCAACCAACGAUCAGCUGAUGCCAACAUUAGAUGACAUUGUCGAUCAUGAUGGCACCCUCACACCGAGUGUACUUACUCCACGUGCAAAAGACGACACUUUGACACCAGGAAUGAGACGAUGGCUAAGAGCGCUUGAAAAAGAAGUCGGCAUGCAGCUGGUUUGCAAUGGCGAUGGUGAUUGCUGGCUGGCCCCGCUCCUUACUAAUGCUCCAGGAACCACAGCAGAGAGUGUAAGUUCUAUUGCCUCAUCGCUGUCACUGGCGACAGAAGAUGGUGCAGAAGAAGAUGGCGGUCUCAAUCGAAAUCGACCUUCGAGCACCAGGAAGCAACGCCUUCAUGUUGCCUUGCAAGCAAGCAAGCGUAAAGUGCUGGACUUGAUGCAAAAGCGUCGUCCUGUCACUCCGUCCACAGGCGUUGACAAUGUCGAAAUGGGUGCCGAUGCUGGAGAUCUGGAAGGUGGUACCGACCCAGGCAGAGAGUCUCCACUGCCACCGAAUGGAAAGCGGAGUCCGGUUGAAAUGCAGGUUGUAGAUAAAAAGGAGAAGCGGAAGAAGGGUAAAAAGAUUCUCCGACAUCGUCUCUGGGCUUCGCUAAAUCGAAAGACUACUAAAUCUGUUCACUUCCGUGAAAAUGUUCUCUGGGGUCAGUCGCUUCAUUAUGAAUUGGACGGAACGUCAUCGUCACCAUCCAAAGCAUCAUGCAAAUACUUGAAUAUUACUGUCCAUGCGAAGGAAGCUCCAACAACGUCUCCGGCUGUUCCCACUGAAGCAUCGCCGGGAAGUGCCCAGGCAGCGUCUGUUCCAGAAAUGGAACCACCAAAACCAAUUCUUCUAGGAUAUACGUCGCUGUACGUUCCACAGAUACUUGACGAUUGUCAGUUGACAUUGUCGAAUUGCCAUCGUGAAGCGUAUCCGUUGAAGCCACCAACGGGGAUCCAGUCAAUUAAUGAACCCUCAACCUCUGAGUUUUCUCGUCAUGCAGGCCAUGAUCCUCGGUUGUGCUACGGUGAUGUCACCCUCGGCUUUCGCUUUUUCCCAGGAGGUUUACCACAAGGGGCCGGUACCACUGGUACUGAAGAGAGUGAUGAAGAAGUACGGAUUGAAGAAACGCUAGAAGGUGCUAAACCAAGCAUGGUUUCUCCAGCCACGGUUAACUCAUCUAGCCAGCAUGACUGGAAAGCUUGGAGCAGUAAGAGUGGAAGUGCAAUGUGUUCGAUGUGUCGUGGGAAAAUCUGGUUGAAAAGUGCCAGUCGUUGCCAUCGAUGUCUCGUCGUCUGUCAUCAUAAAUGCGUUGAAAAAGCCGCUUCUGGGAUACCCUGUACGCCACAUGCGAUCACUCAAGGAGAUACUGAAUUUGCUGAGCUCGAUGUUGAUGUGAAUGAACAACGGACUGAAUGCCCUACGAGUGUGAUUCCCGUAACUCCACAAACAACACAGCCUCCUGUUUCAGCAAGAAUUCUAGGUGAAGAUGUGGAAUUGACAUCUCGUCGGACAAGAUUACGAAAUAAAAUGACGGAGAAGUUCACAUCGUGGAGACGCGGCGGAAAGCCGACAACGAAGCUAGAACUGGACGGCUCCAGUGGUCGCGAUUCGCAUUUGCCUGAGUCAUCUUCGGGCACUGCUGUGGAAGGUGAAGAGCUGCUCAGUCCGAUGGCCAGCAUACAAGAAUGUCUAGCGGAUGUGCUGCCAACGCUGGAUGGUUCUCCUUUCAUUCGAAGUUUGUACUUUCAACCGGGAAAUGCGUAUAAUGAACAGACUAUCAGUCAUGCGAAAGUGUUAGGAAGAGAGAUUUUCUCCAAUCUCAAAGGAGAGGAGAGGAAGGCCAAAAUCAACGAGCAGAUUGAUCGGAUUCAACUUGCGAUUCGUGAGACAAAAGACGGGAGACUGGAAGCGAUGAAAAAAGAUGGAACUGAAGGGAAAGCUGGUGGCACGUUUGAAGGACUAGAUGAACGCCUUCAAGCAUUGGCAGUACUCAUGCUGCAUUACUGUGCGGCUCUGCAGGACUGCGAAUCGCAAGGACGGGAAUCUCCGGUCUAUGAUAGUGAAGUGUUGCCUGAAGCAUCAGUCGAGACUCAUUCGUUGUCGGUA